CCCGGCGAUGAAGGCUCUGGUGGACGAGAGGAUGCAGUGCCGCCGUUGUUUGCUUCCUCCUUCGCUUCCUCCGAGACCACCUGGAUGGUCAUGGACCGUAUCUUGUCCCACUCGCAAGAGGUGUCUCCGAGAACUUCCGGCAGGCUUUCACACAGCAGAGACCCACUCAACGGUUCACUCACCGACAGCCCACCCGUUUCACCGUCAGAGAUCGAGGACGUUAAGGUAAAUUUAUUGUUAGUAUUAACUCUAGGGUCUUUGCCGGAGACGUUGUAUGUUUCCUCCCCGCUUGCUCCGGUGAAUGGAUUUGAG